AUAGUAAUGAAAUUGAUGUUAACAAAUCGACGCUUUUUCUUCGACCGUACGCAAAAGUGUGAACAGUGCGUAGUUCUCUAAUUUUCAUUUUCUUUGUGUGAUUGUGGCAAUCUUGGAGAAGAUUAAAGACAGACUUCUUAUGAAAAUAAUUUUAUCGAUCCAAUAUUUAGUGCAUAUAGAUCACGCUAAGAGUUAGACCAAGUGACAAAGAAAGAUUUGUGAAUGGACAUCAAACAGUGGAUAAUAAAACAGAAGUGAAAAAACUAUUAGUACUGUUACGUACGCAUUCGCGUUUGACUGUAUAAGCGGAACAGUUACGAACACAUGAAUCACGGAUCAGCUGUGGAGUAGUAGAGUGUAUUUUUCUAGCAGUCGAUCGUCGUUGUUACUUCUGUCAUCAUCAUCGUAGUAUUUUUAACAGAUUGGCACAAACGAUAGAGUGUAGCAACGGGGAGAAGUAGACGAAGUAAGUGCUACUCUCAGUCACAAAGGUGCUGAACGUUACGGAUUUCCGACAAAUACUGAAGAGAUUCUUUGGAAUUCGCAGAGCGAAACAUCCACGGGAGGGUUUGCGAACUGGGAAUUUCAUCUAAUUCGCUGCUGCGCCUGAAUGUUAAAACACACUCAAAAUUGCUUACGUUCGGGAGAAGCACGGCUCUUCUGCAAGGUCGUCCUCGUCCUCAGAAGAAGACCUCAAUGAACGACGAGCCACGCUACCGAGCACAAGCAGCACGAGCGACCAUCCGAGCCGACACCAGCAGUCCCAGCAGCAGCAGCAGCAGCACCAUCACCAACAGCAAACUCCCGGCAGUAGCCACAGCGUCAGCAAGCAGCGUCUCCAUCCGUCAACCUCGUCAUCGUCUUCAUCGUCGUCGUCGUCGUCAUCAUCAUCGUCAUCCUCUUCGCCGUCAUCGGGGGGUACACUAGAGAAACCGCAUCGUUCGGCCAGCAGAAGGAAGACCGAAUCGGCAGUGGAGCACAAGGCGGACAGACUGAGCCGACGAGAACGUAAGGAAAAGCAACAGCAAGAGGACCAAGGGCAGCAGGACAAGCAACGUCAACGUAGAAAGUCUCAACGGCGUAGAAGACAAUCUUCGGAAAAGGAACCCGUUAGUCGCCGAUCGGUGGAGGACAAGGGGGAGGGUCACGAGGACAAGGAAAGUUCUUUGACCAGUCCCCAGAGCAAGCGUCGCAAAAUGUUGAACGAUAAUAACAAUCUCAACGGAACGCUGUCCUCAGCCUCCCCGAUGGAUUCGGCUUCGUGCGAUAUGAACGGUCACAACAACAACAACAACAACAAUGGCCAACAGGAACAAACCGAAGCCAACAACGGAACAGUGACAACCAAUGGGGAAAAUUCUACCCCACGUUCGGUUGUCAAACUGGACAAAACUAAUCAGGAGAUAGUGCGAUUGAUUGGACAACAUUUGAAGAACAUCGGAUUGGACAGAAGUGCCGAGGCAUUGAUGCAAGAAUCGGGAUGCUGCUUAGAGCAUCCUUCGGCUAGUAAAUUCCGUCAGCACGUCCUAUCCGGCGACUGGACCAAAGCUGAUCACGAUCUCACAGAGCUACAGUCCAUGGUGGAUCCGAAAACCGAUAAGCCCAGCAUAAAUGAGAUGAAAUUCCUACUACUGGAGCAGAAAUAUCUGGAAUUUUUGGAGGAAGGACGCCCGAUCGACGCUCUGCACGUGCUUCGUAACGAGUUAACACCGUUACAGCACAAUACACCCCGUGUUCAUCAGUUGUCUUCGUACAUGAUGUGCACCAACAAUCAAGAACUAUACCAACGAGCCAACUGGGAUGGAAAGGGAACCAAAUCCCGUACUCGACUGAUGGAUCGUCUGCAAUCGUACCUGCCGGCUACGGUCAUGUUGCCUCCCAGGCGUCUGCGCUCUCUGCUCGCUCAAUCGGUUGAGAUGCAAACCGAACGCUGCCAAUGUCACGAUAUGGCCUGGAGAACCAACAUCGAUAAUGUUUCGCUGCUGGUCGAUCACAACUGUUCGUCGGAGGGAUUCCCGAUGCAGGCAUUGCAUGUACUGAACGACCAUUCGGAUGAGGUCUGGUUUUGCAAAUUUUCACCGAACGGUCUUCGGCUGGCCACCGGUUCCAAGGACAACACCGUUAUUGUUUGGGAGGUUGAUCCGGUUAAAUUGAUUCUGAAAAACAAACGAACAUUUGACGGACACACCUACGGUGUGUCGUUCAUUGCAUGGAGCCCAGACUCCAAGCAUUUCAUUGUAUGUGGUCCGGAAGACUGUCCGGAUCUGUGGAUCUGGGAUGUUGAGCAUGAAAAGCUAGUGACGAAAGUUUCCCACUCUACCGAUGAUAGUUUGACAUGUGCUGCUUUCAACAAAGACGGAACCCGCUUUGUUACCGGUGGAACCCGCGGUCAGUUCUAUCUCGUGGCCCUGGACGGUACUGUUCACGAUAGUUGGGAGGGGGUGCGUGUGAAUGGACUUGCAUUCCGAGCGGACAACAAAACAAUUCUGGCUGCCGACACACACUACCGAAUACGGGGCUAUCGGUUCGAUAUCGACAAUCCUCACAGUGAUCAUAACAUCAUUCAGGAACAGUGUCCUAUUAUGACCUUCUCGGUAAACUCGGCCGACCGCUUGGCCCUGCUGAACAUCUCGUCACAGGGUCUACAUCUAUGGGACUUGCAGGACAAGUGUCUCGUUCGGCGCUUCCAGGGUGUCACUCAGGGCAACUACACCAUCUAUUCCUGUUUCGGUGGCGUCAAUGAAAGCUUCGUGGCCAGUGGCAGUGAAGACAAUAAGGUGUACAUUUGGCAUAUCCGCCGAGAGGAACCGCUGGCCACACUGGUCGGCCACACACGAACGGUAAACUGCGUCAGCUGGAAUCCCGUAUAUCCGUCCCUAUUGGCUUCCGCUUCCGAUGACGGUACGGUGCGGAUCUGGGGACCGAAGCAGCCACAGUUGGCCUGGGCCGCCAGCAGCAACAACGGUGAUAGUGCGUCAAUCGCGUCCACCAGCUCCACGGCAUCGUCGGCGUCUUCGUCCUCAUCCUCGUCGUCCGCUGGAAACAAUGAUCUUAUAUCUAAUUCAUCCUGGAAUAUCACAUAAUAUUAGAUGUUGCAGCACGUAGCACAUCCCCUCCCUCUCACUUUAUCGCGUUAAGCAUUAUAUUCGGUUCAACAAUAUUAAUACUAAAUUUAGUGAAGUAAUCUAACUAUAACAUAACAACAGCAACAAAAAAAAUAUUAUUGUAAUUAAACAAUAAAAUAAAAACGAGAAAAAGUAAACAGGAGCAGAUUUAGCAGCAGCAAACAUAAAACAUAAUAAUUAGAAAAUCGUAAUUAUUAUAAUCGAAUCAAAACGAACAGCCGCCAACCAACCGCCCGAGAGACACCAGCAGCAACAGUAGUAGUUUCACCGGACGCCGAAUCAACUUCCAUUGGGGUCAACCAUCGUCGGAUUGUUCGAGUACUCUGGAAACGCGACGAACGACGAACUAUUCGCAUUCUGAAACUAAUGCACCGAUUCAUUCUAUAAUCAAUCGAUUCAGUGCGUGUAGAAAAAGUUUCGCUUUUCGAAUUGCUGUAGUUUUUUCUUCAGUUUCAAAAAAAAAAACAAUAGAGCACUGAUAAGCGACAGCAGACAGCAGCUGCCAUAGGCAGGUAAACUUUUAGAUUACACACACACACUCAUAAACGGAUCAAAUACAAUAAAACAAAAAAUUCCCAAUGAGGGAAACUCUGGAGUGAGUCAAAAAAAGAGAUGGGAUUCAGUACAAGUCAGUGAAGAGUCCUUCAAAUGAAAAAAAAAUCAGCAACAAGGAACAAAUAGCAAAAAGAUAACAAAUAAUUUACUUUUUUGGUUUUGCUUGGUCUCACACUUGGACACAGAAUAAAAUUAUUUUAAAUCGAAGGUUUUAAACAAGGGAACGAACUGCAUUCGAAACGCUAUCUUACUAGAGGCGACACCACGAGUCGGUUUCAUUUCAUCAAUCAAAACUAGUGUUGCACGAAAUUUAGCAAAGGAGAUAUCUCGAGAAAAAACAAACUGAUACUGCAAUACAAACGUUCUAACUUUGCCAGUAGCCUUUUACUCCGAUUGGUGUUUGCCAACAGUUUUGUAGAAUACUGUUCUGUUUUUUUUUUAUUUCUUCUUCUUCUAACUAUUACGUACCAUUGGUCCCAUGAGAAUCUAUUUAUGCACAUCGUCGCUUUUGUAGUUUUUAGUAUACAAAAAAAAAAGAAGAAAGCAAUUAGAGAGAAAAGAAUUCGUUUUUUUUAUAUAUAUUUUAGUUAUGGAUUUAUAGAUUUGAUGUACACACAAGAAAUAGAUAUAAUUUAUUAGUUUUAUGUUUCCAUUUCCCAAUUGAACUGGCUGAGACAAAUAGAAAAAAUACAAAAUAAUGUUCGAUUUUUCCUUCAUUUUUUUUUCUAUUCUGAUUGAUUGUCGAUUGAGUUUCCCCAUAUUAGUAGAUUUUAACGUGUAGCUUCCGUUUAACAUUUGUACUAGCGGAUGAUUUCAGCAAUAUAUUGGAAGCAAAAAAAAAAUCACGCUGUAGAAAGCUGACAAAAUGGACAAAAGAAACGAUAAAUAAUAGGAUUUUGCUUGUGGAAUAAUGAUGUGGAUUAUGUGUUUUAUUGAAUAAAAUUUUAAACUGACCGAUUUGGGAUUUAACUAUAGCAAAAACAAA